AUGGUCAAGACCAGUCACGAGUCUAACGGCAAAUGGACGAUAGCACGAUGGCGUUGUGGUCGAAAACACGGAAACUUCCUGAUUUCACUCUAUCUCACCGUGAAAUGUUGCUAUUUGCUCAACGUGAUUGGACAAAUCUAUCUGAUGCAAUCAUUUAUCGGUACACAGUAUAGUUCCUACGGUGCACGAGUUCUCAUAGAUCUGAUCAAAGGGCGUGAAUGGCACCAGUCAGGUCACUUUCCUCGGGUGACAUUUUGUGAUCUGGAGGCGAAAAAGUUGGGCAAGAAUCAUGUGUAA